AUGGACGAACAAAUGGGGGUCUAUGAAAAUUUUGAGCCCCAUCAAGUGUGCAAGGAGAAAGUAACGGGAGCACCUACGGACUUAAAGACUCCUCGGUGUCCGAGCUGCCCCAGCCAGUGGGUGGAAUACGAAGGCACUUGCUACUACUUCUCCCAAGCGAAGAAGAAUUAGACUUCCAGCCAGGAAUUCUGCUCUGCAGAGGCUUCCCAUCUUCUAGUCAUUAGCAGUUCCCGGGAAAUGGAGUUCUUUCAAAAGACCUUGGCAGAAACCCACUGGAUUGGACUCAGGAAGAACAUUAACUCUGAUGACUGGCUUUGGGAAGGUGUCUCAGGCAUCAGUGUUAAAAACGUCCUGUCCAACAGCCCUGUACAGCACUGUGGCGUUGUGUGGGAGGGCGGCAUCCACGCCUCCAGCUGCGGAGUGGCCUUCCCGUGGAUCUGUGAGACAACUCCCAAAUGAGCUCACUUCUUCAUUCCAGUCCCUCCGCUCGGUUUGGCUGCUGGCACGGGGCCCUGCAGGCCCAGGUCCAGUCGAUCCACCCGUGUCCCACAGGA